AUGGCGGGGGACGGAGCGCUGGCGCCAAGGGUGGCCCCACUGGCCCUGGGGCUGGUGCUGGCCCUCGGCGUCCUCGCCUGCCUCAGCGAGCGCCAGGCGGUGCACGCCGCCGCCGCACCGCCCGCCAACUACAUGGAGGAUGCCGACGAGCCCGGGUCGGUCUCGGCCGCGCUGGACGAGUACACUGACAACGAGCUGGCGCGCUACGUGAACCCCGUGAAGCGCGCGUGCGUGCGGCGCGGCGGCAACUGCGACCACCGGCCCAACGACUGCUGCUACAACUCGAGCUGCCGCUGCAACCUGUGGGGCGCCAACUGCCGCUGCCAGCGCAUGGGGCUCUUCCAGAAGUGGGGAUAGACCGGCGGGGCCCCGCCACCACCACGACGACGGACUCCUCGGCUUCGACUACAGCCCGGCGCGGUCGGCACGCCGGUCGGCACGGCGGUCGACACGAAGGCGCUGACGUGACCGGGCAGGCAAACGGUACCACGGCAUCUUGGAAGGCAUAGCGGACGACGCGGAGACGCGAGGGGGGUGUGACUGCAGGUACCUGUGCGACGGGGGCCGGGCAGCGCCGCCGUUCAGUAAAUUUCACUCGUUCGGUUCAAAUUUUUAACGAAAUGACGCAAACGAAGCAGCCUUUUCCUGAUUUUCCACGUUAAUUUCCAUUCACCAGCGCGUCAAGAGUAUAAGGACGAUACCGGGUUCAUUUCCAUUCACUUUCUUUUGAAAUAGCACGACUCUUCUCUCGAUUUUGGAUGAGUUCGCUGCGGCCCGGCCCGGCCCCCGCCAUACACAGAGUAGUGCACUGAGACCAUACCGUCACAAGGGAAAGAAACCGAAACCAAACCAUUUUUGCGCGACUUCUCGGAAACAAAAAAAAAAGCCGCUUGCACGCGGCACGGAAAAAAAAAAUUUCAAACUGGUUCUUGUCAAACAGAUAUGGUGUUCGUCUGGGUUCCACGGAUGGAGGAGUUUUUUUCUUUUCGUUUUUUCUGUAUCGCGGGGCGCUGCUUAGGGCGAUCUAGUGUUUUCUCUCUUGCUUCGAUGGCUUGACACGCUUACCACGCCUCCGGCCGCGACCACGACCUUCCUAGGGAUUCCAUCCAGCCACAUCCCUAUCAAGGUCGCGCGUAUGCGGACCGGCCUAGCCAGCCAGCGCAAAAUCCCUACUAUACUAAUUACUUACUAUAUUAUACGUAUAUUUUAACCUAUAUGUGUAUCUGUAGCUGUGCAUAUAAUAAUAAUAAAGAUAUUUUGAUGAUGUCAAAUGUAUUUGUUUUUCGUUUUCUCUUUCUUUUUAAGUAUCUAAGGAUGAAAAACACACAUGGUGUUGUUUAUAAAUUGAUGUGGAUGGAACAUUGUUCCUGCCCUGUACUGGGAUACUUUAUGGAAAACAAUACAAAAGCGAGUGGUGGGCCUGAA